AUGCGAAGACUGACAAUUGUGCUAUUAGCUUGGUCGCGGCUUGCGGCCAGCCAGUCCAACUAUUCAAAGUAUGUAAAUCCAUUCUGGGGUACUGAAGGGCCGAUACCAAAUUACACUUUUGGCGGUGGUGCCGUUUUCGUGGGAGCAGCGGUGCCGUACGGUGUGGUCAAAUUGACGAUGGAUACGUAUGUCAAGAACACGAGCAUUGCAGCGUUGCAAGGUGGAUAUACGCCAAAUGGUCUCAUUACGGGUUUCUCGAUGAUGCAUGAGUCUGGCACAGGGGGAUGUUCCAAGUACGGCGUUAUUUCGCAAAUGCCCCUCACAAACAUCGAAGCACCAGUCAAUCUCUUGGAUAAUCGCACGUACUGGCAGGAACGUGUUGGGCAAGACCAUGCAAGCGUGGGAUAUUUCCGAACGAGCCUAGAAAAUGGUGUCACAACGGAACUGAGCGCAACAAGACACGCAGGAAUCUUACUUUAUGAGUUUCCCAAAGAUAAGAAGAAGCAUGUCCUUGUCGAUGUGUCGCACUAUCUUCCAAAUGUUGUUGGAGGCUAUUGCACUCAAACGUUCCGUCAAGGCAAGAUCGAUAUCUCGCAGGAUCGCAAGAGCUAUCGAGGUUAUGGAACUUAUGCCGGAGGAUUCAAUGAGGGUGCGCCGUACACAGUUCAUUUCUGUGGCGAGUUCGAGACAGCCGCAGAUGAAGCAGAAACGUUCGCUGGCCGUAACCAGUUCCCUGAGAAUAUAACUACUCCACAAGGCUCACGCGUUGGAGCAGUAUUUACAUGGAAAGGGACUCAGACGACGAUUCGUUCCAAGAUUGGGAUAUCGUUCAUUUCAGAAGAAAAAGCCUGCAGAUUUAGAGACGAAGAGAUUGAGAGCUGGGACAUACAAGAUACAGUUGAUGCAGCAGUGGAAGAAUGGAACCGCGAGGUUUUCAGCACGAUUCGGGUGGACACAGGAAAUCACAUCAACCAAGAGCACCUCACCCUGUUGUACUCAUCGCUCUAUUUCAUGCAUCUCAUUCCAUCUAAUCGAACCGGCGAAAACCCCCUCUGGCAAUCGGAAGAGCCGUACUGGGAUGACUUCUACUGCUUAUGGGAUACUUUCCGUAACACGAUAAGCCUUUCUCAUUUGAUUCAAACCGAUGCAUACGAAUCCCAAAUCCGCUCACUCAUCGAUAUCUGGAGAAAUCAAGGUUACAUGCCAGAUGGGCGCUCGGGAAAUGACAACGGUCUAGUACAAGGCGGCAGUAACUCUGACAACGUGCUUGCGGACGCUUAUGUGAAGGGUCUCCGUGGCAAAAUAAAUUGGGCAGACGGCUUUGCUGCUAUGGUAAAGAAUGCAGAGAUACCUACUAAUGGCAGCAACAAAGAGGGGCGGGGUGCAGGCGGAGAUUGGCUACAGUACGGAUAUGUCAGCUCUUCUAUGCCCAGGAGCAUAUCGCGAACUGUUGAGUAUUCACUAAAUGAUUUUGCUCUGAGCCAAGUAGCAAAAGGCGAGAAACCUGAUGAUGUGUCAAGAUAUUUGAAGCGAUCGGCAGGGUGGCAAUUACUCUGGGAUCCCAGUACACAUAGCGUGAACGCUUCGAAAGACUUCAGUGGCUUUCUUACUCCAAAGGACAGGAAUGGAAAAUUCAACCAGACUGACUACAAUCCAGCAAAAUGUGGGGCUUGCUCAUGGUCGUCAAUCACUUACGAAGGCACACCUUUCGAAUACUCUUUCACUAUUCCUCACGACAUGAAGACACUGAUUGAGAAGAUGGGUGGCCCUCAAGGUUUCGAGGAGCGCCUUGAUUAUAUCUUUGUCCCAUACACUAGCCAAGCCGACCUUGGGCCGAAUGGUGCAGGAAUCAAUACUAUUAUGAACAUCGGCAACGAACCAGACUUCGCUACACCUUAUCUAUACAACUAUCUCAACAAACAGUGGAAGUCGGUGAAUCAAUCACGCUCACAAGCUAAACAGUACUUCCGCAACACCACGAAUGGUAUGCCUGGUAAUUCGGAUGCUGGGGCUUUGAAUUCUUGGUUGAUCUGGCAAAUGCUGGGUCUCUACCCAAUUGUGACACAACCGGUGUACCUUCUCGAGUCGCCUUGGUUCAGCGAUAUCAACAUGACAAUUGGUAGACACAAGACCUUGCGGAUUACGGCGAAUGGGCUAGCCGAAGAUAGCUUCUAUGUACAAGGCGUGAAGAUCAACGGAGUUCAAUGGGAUCGAAACUGGUUCACCCAUGAUGACGUUUUCCAUACGGGUGGUACCAUCGAAUUCGAUCUUGGCAAGGAACCUGUAGUGUGGGAGAAAGGCGAUGUGCCGCCUAGCCCAGGAAAUUUGGGUUGA